AUGGCAGACACCGAUUCGCUCUCCGCCCCCACAGCAUCCUCCGACGAACUGCAAUUAACACUGACACACCACGGCAAACCCGUCACUCUAUCCUUUCCCCGAUAUGCCACAAUAUCCGACCUUUCAGACCGCGUUGCAGCCGAACUCUCCAUCCCGCCUUCGAACCAAAAAUUCCUCCUUGCCUCUAAGCAUGGUCUGCAAAAGCCACCCUUCAAAGACCCCACCCUCGCCCUUUCAACCAUCGCCUCCAAAAAGAUAACCUUAAUGGGUAGCACUACUGCUGAAAUAUCCUCGCUGAACGCAACCAUCACCGCCGCCUCUGCGGCCCGGCGACAAGGCCCCAUCAAAACCGCCACCCCCGCCCGCCACCGCGACUACAAGAAGAUCCAAGAAGAAGCACAGUAUACCUUCCACACACUACGGCCGCUCCCAUACCUUCCCAACCCCGACCGCUCCUUGCGCUUCCUCGAACGACUGCGCGAUGAAGAGGGCAUCAAAGCCGCAAUGCGCACACACAAAUUCAGCGUUCCGCUACUCACAGAAAUGGAUCCUGCCAUGCAUACCACGCAAGAAUCGCGGACCCUGGGACUGAAUAGGAACCGAGGCGAGGUUAUCGAGUUGCGCCUACGUACCGAUGCGUACGAUGGUUACAGAGACUACAAGACGAUACGCAAUACACUUUGCCAUGAGCUGGCGCAUAAUGUUUGGGGACCACAUGAUCGCAAUUUCUGGGAGCUGUGCAAGCAGAUUGAAAGGGAGGUUGCGAGGGAUGAUUGGAAGAGUGGGGGGAGGAGUGUGGCGGAUGUCCAGUAUUAUGAGCCUGGUGGGGAAGACGAGGUGCAUGAUCAUGGAGGCUGGACGGGUGGCGAGUUCACAUUAGGUGGUACUUCGAGCGGGAGCGGGAGUACGGUUGGUGUGGCCGGUAACAACGUGACAAUGGAUGGACUGAGCAGGAGGGAAGUGCUUGCGAAAGCGGCGGAAGAGAGAAUGAAGAGGACGAAAAGGGCUGAGGAAGAAACCGGCGGCUCCGGAGGUGCAUCCUAG